ACUACAGUGAAGUGAUUUUCUUCGCAAUCCGACGACAUGAAUCCUCGACGACAAUUUUUAUCGAUUGUUAUCGUCUCUUUUCUCGUUUUACAUUGGAAUAUAUCGUUUGUCGUUGCGAUUGUCCGAAAAUGUGAAAAGAAAUGCGAGGAAUACGGCAAACUGGUUUAUGAAAUUGAGGCUUCGCCUGUCCUUCGAAUCGGAGCCGGUUCCAAUGUUGUUUCCCGUUGUGCUAUCGUCGAGACACCAUUAAUCGUUGGUGGUAUUAAAGCUAAAAUGGCCGAAUUCCCUCAUAUGGCUGUAAUUGGAUUUGGUAGGAACUUAUCAGAUGUGUCAUGGUUAUGCGGAGGAAGUAUCAUUUCGGAGAGAUAUAUCCUAACCGCUGCUCACUGUUUGGAAUCACGCGACAAUGGGCCGGCUGUAAUGGUACGAGUUGGUAUCACGAAUUUAGAGAUAAGAGAGGAUAAUUUCCAAGAGAGAAAAAUAAUACGUAGAACAAAGCAUCCGGAUUAUCAAUUGCCAGCUAAAUAUCACGACUUGGGUUUGAUUGAAUUGGAUCAUCCUUUGGAAUUGAAUUCAAACGUUAGGCCGGCCUGUCUUGAAACGAAUUUUCAACCACCAGAAAAACAAGCUAUUGCAACUGGAUUUGGUAAAACGUCUUACGACGCGAUGUCGACAAACAAGGAUCUAAUGAAAGUGCAAUUAGAUUAUAUAACCGAAGUAUCUUGUAAAAAAAGUUAUCGAUUCGAUUUAGGUCGCCGUUAUUUGCCUAAAGGAUUCAUACGAAAUUUUCUUUGUGCCGGAAUAAUAGAGGGUGGUAAAGAUACGUGUCAGGGUGACAGUGGUGGACCAUUGCAAAGAGUACUUGCCCGUCCUUACUGCACUUAUAGCAUCGUUGGAGUAACAAGUUUCGGAAAAUUUUGCGCAAUGAAAAAUUCACCGGCUAUAUACACCCGUGUCAGUUCAUAUUUGGAUUGGAUCGAAUCGAUAGUAUGGCCAUAAUUACGAAUGAUAUUAUGAUAAACGUAUGACAAAAGGAAACAUAAUUAUUCGUUUUUACAUUCUUUUUUUCAUUUUUUAUUUUUUAUUCCUUUUAUUUCUUUUCUUUUAUUGCAAGAACUUCCUUGUAGCCUUCUUGUAUUUAGCUUGUAUUUACAAAUUCGAUUCCCAUAAUAUAAGCAUGCAUACAAAUAACGUUCGAUAAAAAUAUAUGUGUAUAUAUAUAUAUAUGUUUGUGUAUGUGUAUGAAUGUUU